UCACAUAUCAUCUGUAAAGUCGCGUUUUUAGAAAUAUAACACGGAUAUAACAAUCUCUUCAGCCAUUUUUCAGAAAUAACACGUUACGCUACACGAUCCUCAUCGAGACGACGUGUUCAUUUAUCGCUCUGACAUCGUUGUUCACCGACUUCAGACAUAGAACUUUAACAUACAGGGAAUGGGUGCCGUAUAAUAUUUCGUCCUAUACGAAAUUUUGCUUCACAUAUGCCCAGCAAAUGAUAACAACAUUCCAUUGUGCAACCGUAAACGUCGCUUGCGACACGCUUCUUUGCGGAUUAUUAAUGCACAUGUAUUGCCAAUUAGAGAUCUUAGAAUAUCGUCUGAAUAAAAUCUCGAGCAACCAAAUUACCGUGGGCUACUGCGUUCGUCAUCACAACCUAAUUUACGAGUUUGCACAGUUGGUGAACACAAGAUUCAAUCAAAUAAUUGGAUUUCAGUUUAUAGCAAGUACAAUGGUGAUUUGCUCCAAUUUGUAUCAACUGACCAAUCCAUCGUCGAACACGAAUCCUGUUUUGUUAAUUAUGUACACAUCCUGUAUGCUAACACAAAUAUUUAUUUAUUGCUGGUUUGGAAACAAAAUCAAAGUAAAGAGCCUACAAUUAAGCGACAGCAUAUUCCAAAUGAAUUGGCCAGCGAUGAACAAUAACGUUACGAAGAGCCUAUUGAUAAUUAUGAACCGCGCGGAAAUACCCAUUGAAAUCUCGACUGCUUAUAUUCUGUCCAUGAACUUGGAUUCUUUCGUAGCGUUGCUCAAAACAUCGUACUCCGCUUACAACUUACUGGUGCGAAUGCAAGAAGGUUUCUUGAAUAUCGCCUGCGACUGUUUCUUCUCCGGAUUACUACUGCACAUUUCCUGCCAGAUCGAGAUCUUAGAACACCGUCUGUCGAAAGUCGCGAAUAAUCAAGUCAAGUUGCGCGAGUGCGUGAUUCACCAUUAUCGCAUAUUCGAAUUCGCCAGUGUGUUGAAUGAUAAAUUGGUAAUUGUCAUCGGAAGCCAAUUCAUAGGGUCCUGUUUGGUAGUGUGCUGCCUGUUUUUUCGGUUAACAGUAUCAACAUCCAAUUCUGUGUAUAUCGAAACCAUGCUAUGUAUAGCUUGCGCGUUAUUAGAGAUCUUCUACUACUGUUGGUUCGGAAACGAAGUCAGAGUGAAGAGCCUGGAGUUGUCCGAAAAUAUCUACAAAAUGAAAUGGCUGGAGCUUAGUAACAGCAUGAGAAAGUGUUUCUUGAUUAUUAUGCAUCGCGCCACUUUACCUAUCAAAUUUACCAGCGCCCGUAUUAUCCCUCUGAAUCUUGAGUCUUUCGUGGUGGUGCUGAAGAUGUCAUAUUCGGCUUUCAAUCUAAUGCGUCAGACGCAAGGGGGAUAGUAGAAGAAUGAUCCGUACAACUAGAGACGUUAUAUCCGAACCGAG